AUGAAGCCCUUUGAGAAAAGCUGGUUGUUUCUACUGCUGCCUGUUGUACUAAGACUUGGCUGCUCCUCCUUUAUCAGUGCCAACCUCGGGAUGAAAGUGAUGAAGGGACAGUCUGUCUUCCUGUCAGAAGAUGACCUCAAGUUUUCCAUCCCUAGAGAGAAGGAUGUCUGCAAAGUGGAAGUGGUGACCAAUGAGCCAGUAACGCAGAGGGUUGGGAAACUAACUCCACAGGUUUUCGACUGCCACUUCCUUCCUAAUGAGGUCAAAUAUACCCACAAUGGCUGCCCGAUUUUAGAUGAAGAUAUAGUCAUGCUUAGGCUGUACAGGUUUACAGAGACUGAGACGUUUGUAGAAACAUUCACCCUCCAUGUGCAGUUACUUGAGCCAGACUGUAACAUCAUCAAAAUGCGCUCCCGCGCUCUGGAGGUCCCUGAGUACUAUGGCCUGUCCAGGGCAAUUGACAAGAAUGUCCUUGCUUUUGAGUAUGACAGGAAGACAAAUCUGGACUGCAGUAUUUCCAUAGACUCUUCUGAAACCCAGCUGCCUGCUCAUGGCCAGCUCAUCACUGGGGAAGUUCAGCAAGAUAAGCUGCAUGGAAAUCAGCCACAAGGCUUCUUCCCUGAGCACAGUCUGGGCCAGCAGUGCAGAACUGGGAGCUGCAUGCUGGGACCAGGAGUCAUUCACAACAGAAAAAUGAGCUGUGAGGAAUUUCUGAGGAUGGGGAUUCGGUAUCAGCACCUUGACCCUCCCUCGCCUGACACUGAUUAUAUUCCUGUGAAGCUGGAUCUCACAGAUAGAAGAAGCAAAACUCUGCACAAGACUGAGCAUGCAUGGCUCCCUGUUCACAUUAAAGGCGCUGUUCCCAAUCAAAUACCCAAAGCUGCCCCAAUGGCAAAGUUCAUCCUGGAAGUAGACCAAUUUAUUUUAACCCCCCUCUCAACCACAACCAUUGAUGCUGAAGACAAUGAAACUCCGAAACGCCUGCUUGUGUUCAACAUUACCAAGCCGCCUCCGCAGGGCUUCGUCACUCAUCUAUCUGACCACACAAAACCUAUUGGCUCCUUCACAUGGAAAGAUCUCAGUGACUUGCUCAUCGCUUAUCAGCCUCCAAAUAACAGUCACACAGAGAGGAGGAAUUAUGAGGUGGAGUUUGAAGUUCAUGACUUUUACUUUGAAAGAAGUUUACCAAUUGUUGUACGUCUUUCCAUCAGAACAACAGAUACAAAUGCUCCUCGGGUUUCAUGGAAUACAGGCCUCAACCUCCUGGAAGGGCAAUCCCGACCCAUCACUUGGCAACACUUCCAAAUUGUAGACAAUGACGACAUCCAAAAUGUUCGCUUGGUCACAAUUGAUGGCUUACAGCACGGGCGGCUCACCGUAAGAGGAGGGAAAGGAUUCAUGUUCACAGUCUCUGACAUUCAGGCUGGAGUUGUUCUCUACCAUCAUGAUGACAGCGACUCUACUAAGGACUUUGUGGUUUUUCGGAUUUUUGAUGGCCCCCACAGUAUUCGCCAUAAGUUUCCAAUCAAUAUUCUCCCUAAAGAUGACAGUCCUCCAUUUCUUAUCAGCAAUAUGGUUAUUGAAGUUCAUGAGGGACAGAUGAUCUUGAUUCAGGGCUCCAUGCUUCGUGCUUCUGACAUGGAUUCCAGUGAUGAUUACAUACUAUUCAAUAUUACCAAGCCCCCACAGGCUGGAGAAAUCAUGAAGAAACCAGGACCAAACUUGAUAGGCUAUGCUGUCAGCAGUUUUCUUCAGAGGGAUCUAUUUAAUGGAAUAGUUUAUUAUCAUCAUUUGGGAGGAGAAGUGUUUGAGGAUUCCCUUGAGUUUGUGCUGUGUGAUAGCCAUGACCCUCCCAAUCUCUCAGAGCCACAGGUGAUGAUGGUACACAUUAUCCCUGUGGAUGAUCAGCUACCAAGGGAAGCCCCAGGAGCGACCCGCCACCUGGUUGUUAAGGAGACUGAGAUUGCUCACCUAACUAAGAAACAUCUCCACUUCAUAGAUGUGGAAGAGCAAGACAGGGAACUCACAUACACCAUAACCACUUACCCAUUUUUCUCUUGUGCACAUGGUGACUUGGAUGCUGGCAAGUUAUUUCUGGUGGACACUAUCCCCAAACUGGUCAAGGAUCCUGUUGCUCUUGCCCUGCACUCAUUUACUCAGCAUGCAGUGAACUAUAUGAAAAUUGCCUACAUGCCACCUCUGCAAGACAUCGGGCCUGAACCUCAGCAGGUCCAGUUUAUUUUUGCUGUCAGCAAUCAGCAUGGUGGAACUUUGUAUGGUAUCUGCUUCAAUAUUACAAUCCUUCCUGUGGACAAUCAAGCCCCAGAGGUUUCUACAAGCCAUUUGAGAGUGGAAGAGGGUGGCCUGAGCCCUGUCACAGAGGCACACAUUCUCAUCUCUGAUGUGGACACAAAACAGGAACAUCUAUUCCUCCUCCUGCAGAGACAGCCUGAGCAUGGGGUGGUGGAGCUGGACAGCAUUCCCAUGAAUGAAGGCGAUAGGUUUUCCUGUGGGCACCUGUAUACCCUGGCAGUCAGGUAUAGGCAUGAUGGCUCCGAGACUCUCACUGAUGUUGUCCUCUUUGCAGCCACAGAUGGCAUUCACUUUGUAGAGUUCAGCCUGCAGGUCAAGGUGUCGCCUGUGAACGAUGAGCCACCCGUUAUCCGAACAGACCCUGUUCCUGUGCUUCACUGCCUGGAGGGUGAAGAAGUGGUCCUCUCCUCAAAGUAUAUUUAUGCCACAGAUGCAGACAGUGAUGACAUGAAACUGAUGUUUGUGCUGGCUCACCAGCCCUACCAUGGGAUAUUGAGGAAAGCUGGCAUUGCUGUGGAUCGUUUCUCCCAGGCUGAUGUCACCUCUGGUUUAGUCACAUAUAAACACACUAGUGGAGAGAUUGGACUGACUCCUUUCAUUGACACUUUAACCUUUCUUGUCUCUGACAAAGAAGCUGGCAUAGAUGUGAAAGACUGCUGUUAUGAUGGACCUCUUCCUCCUCCAGUUCUGCUUCAUGAUCGAUUUCCAGUAUACAAUAUUAACAUCACCAUAUUGCCAGUGGACAACCAGCCUCCAUUAAUUGCAACUGGUGCAAGGUUUGUGGUGGAGGAGGGCUCCUCGGCAGCCCUUACCACCAACCAUUUGUUUGCCACUGACCCUGACACCACUGCAGAUGACUUAGCGUUUGUCUUGGUUUCUCCUCCCCAGUUUGGUUACAUUGAAAAUAUACUGCCUUCUCCAGGGUUUGAGAAGAGCAACAUUGGUGUAAGUAUAGCUUCCUUUCAGCUGAAACACCUGAAAUCCCUGAAAAUAAACUAUGUACAAGCCAGGCACAUGCAAAUGGAACCAACAGCAGACCACUUUGUGCUUUAUGUCACUGAUGGGAUGCAUCAUUCAGCAGAGACUUCAUUUUCUGUGAUAAUCAACCCAACCAAUGAUGAAGUCCCAGAAUUCACAGCAACAAAUUUUACAGUUCAAGAGGGGGAGAUGAAAGAAGUGGAUCUCUCUGUUAUCAAUGCAGUUGAUCUGGAUGUGCCCAAAGACUGUCUAGUAUUUAGGGUUGUGCAGAGGCCCCAGCAUGGGUUCCUUAUUAAUGGUGUUCAUGGCAAUGAUGUUCUUCACUAUAAGAAGUUAAUUAACCAUGACCACAACAGCCAUGCGUUGCUUGUUGACGACUUUUCCAUGGAUCUACUGAAGAAUGGAAUGAAGCUGAUGUACAUGCAUGACAAUACGGAAAACCUCAGUGACAGCUUUAAAAUCCAGCUAUCAGAUGGGAAGCAUAAAGUCCUCAGAACCAUUUCAGUAAAGGUCAUUCCAGUUAAUGAUGAGAAACCAGUGCUGAGCAAGAAGGAUGAUAUAGAGGUGAACAUGGGUGAAGCUCGAAUAAUUUCUAGUGCUGUUCUGUCAGCAGAAGAUAAAGAUACCCCCAGGGAGAGAAUUUACUACUUAUUUGAAAGAAUUCCAGAAAAUGGUCAGCUUCAGCACAAGGUAGGCAAAAGUUGGGUGACUCUCCAAACUGGAAUGAAGUGCAGUCAGGAAGAACUGGAUCUGAAUCUUGUGAGAUACAUCCAUACAGGAGCUAUAGGGUCCAAGAACCAAGACAGCUUCACAUUUUAUCUGUGGGAUGGGUACAACAGAUCCCCAGCUGUGAACUUCUACAUAAAUAUAAAGGACAUGGAAAAGGGAGACAUUGCUGUUUCCACAAAACCUCUUAGAGUGCCAAAAGGGGGUCGGGGCUAUAUUACAACUGAUGUCCUCCUUGCACUGGAUGGUACUGACAAGCCAGAGGAGCUCCUUUAUGUGAUAACCUCCCCUCCUCAGUAUGGACAAAUAGAGUAUAUCAGCUAUCCUGACAUUCCCAUUACAAGCUUCAGUCAAAUGGAUGUAGCAAGACAGAUAGUUUGCUAUGUUCACAACACUAAGGCAGUUCCUGAAGAUACAUUCAGAUUCAUCAUCAGCAAUGGACUGAGGACUAAGCAUGGGACAUUCAUGAUCUCCUUGGAAGCAGCUGAUCAAGCUUUGCCGACGCUAUCUAAAAAUGCAGGGCUAAGACUAGUGGAAGGCACUAUGGCACUUCUUUCUCCUGAUGUUCUGCAGCUUUCAGACCCAGACACUGCCAAAGAAAACCUCACCUUCCUGUUGGCUCAACUCCCCCAGUACGGUCAUCUCUAUUAUCGAGGGGCUGUGCUACUGCAGCACAAUUUCACCCAGCAAGAUGUAGACAACAGGGAUGUUGCAUACAAGCACCAAAGUGGGGAUUCCCAGAUGGACAGAUUUACAUUUGUUGCAACAGAUAUGACUAAUGAAGGCUUCAUCGUGAAUGGGAGGGUGCAGAGCGAGCCAAUGACAUUCACCAUUCAGGUGGAUAAUUUGGACAAAAUGGCACCAAAAAUCAUUAAUCUCCGUGGUCUUUCUGAUGUGGAACUGCUGAAGAAUGGCAAUUAUGGGAUCUAUAUUACUGCCAGGUCCCUGAAGGCAUCUGACCCCAAUACAGAAGAUGACAAAAUAUUUUUUAAGAUUCUACAAGGUCCUUAUUAUGGCUACCUGGAAAACGUAACAACAGGUGGAUUUAUUCAGGAAGGGUUUAGCCAAAAGGAUUUAAACAGCAAAAUCAUACUUUAUGUCAUCAAUCCAUCAUGGGAAGUGAAUUCAGACAACUUGGAGUUUCAAGUCACAGAUGCCAGUGGAAACUCUGCAGUGCCUCAAAGGCUGGAGCUGCAGUGGUCUCGAAUUGAAAUGCAACAGACUGAAUACGAAGUGUGUGAGAGCGUGGGAGUGGUGUCUCUGAAAAUCACCAGAGCAGGACACUCUGCAGAGUCUGCCUUUAUUGCAGUGAAGGUCAAUGAAAUAUCUGCUGUGCUGGGAAAGGACUUUAUGGUGACUCCCGCCAACCUCGUUCAGUUUGAUCCAGGAAUGUCAACGAAGAUGUGGAAUAUAGCAAUUACCUAUGAUGGAUUAGAGGAAGACGAUGAAGUCUUUGAAGUAGUUCUCAACUCCCCUGUGAAUGCUGUUCUUGGCACUCGGACAAAAGCUGUAGUGAAAAUUUUGGAUUCAAAAGGAGGUCAGUGCAGUUACUCCCAUUCUUCUGGCCAAAGCAAGCACUAUUUCUGGGGGAGAGGCACACUGUUUCCAGUUUCUCCAGGCUCCUCUUCACCUCCCAGGCCUGGCAAUGCUCCCUUGGAAGGGAUCCCACUGCCUCCUUCCAAAGGGAUGAGAGAGCAUGGAGAAAACCUGAGGCAGGAGCACAGCUUGGUGAAUCCGUCAAGGACAAGGCUGAGAGUGACUGCAAAUGGAAGAAUAGUUCAUCCUUCAUCUGUAGUUAGAAAUGGAACUGAUGCAGUUUUUGAAUAUCACGGGAUAGUAUCACUCAAAAUAGAGGAUGACAGCUCAUCAGCUAGAGCAAACAAGAAGGCUCAAGUGUCAGUAAUUAACCAAGCACAACCACAGAUAAAUGUCAUCUCCUCUAGGAAGACAGAAAUUCCACAAGCUGAUAAGGCAGAACUCACAUCUGAACCAAGCUCAAGACAUCAGAACUUUUACUCUUUUCCAAAGGCCUGUACACCAGAUUUAAAGGGUCUCUUGCAUUAUGAAGAAAGCAUUCAAAAGUUAUUUCAGUGUGAUGGGAUAAUGUGGAAAUUCUGGAAUUCCCAAAGCAAGGAGGUAAGCAUGAAGAAGUGUCCUGCUGGAUGGAGCCAUCACGAGGGCAGCUGCUAUUUCCUGGUAGUGAAUCAGAAGGUCAGCUGGAACACUGCUGCUCAGACUUGCAGAGAACAAUACCUGGGGAGUCUAGCAAGUGUGGCUAAUGAACAACACAUGCAGUGGCUAUGGGACUUCAGUGGGAGGAAGCCCUUUUGGAUAGGUUUGAACGACCAAGUCAAUCCUGGACAUUGGGAGUGGAAUGGAGGAGAACCUGUAACCUACAUAAAUUGGAGAAGAGGCUCCUACCACUUUCCAAAGAGAGGAAGAAAUUGUGUAUUGGUGCAGAAGCGAGGAAAAUGGCAAGCAACUGAUUGCAGGAAGGUCAAACGGAACAGCUAUAUAUGUUCAAGAAAGCUGUAA